CACGCCGGGCCGCCAGCAGCGGCAGGGCACGACGAGGCUCCCCGGCUCCCCGGGAUCCCCAGCGCCUCCUCCCCGGCCGGCCGUGCCCUGCCCGCGCUCCCGGAGCCGCAGCAUCCGCCCGCAGGCAGCGCUGAGCGCAGCCCGGCCCCUGUCCCCGGCGCCAGGCACGGGCACAGCCCUGGGCUGAAAAGUCAUGACAGCUGAAAAGACUAUUCCUAUAAUUAAUGGCAAGCCAGAAGACGCUUUGGACCCAGAAGCCUCAAGCACCAACCUCGUCCACAGCAAUGAUAAGAAAGUUCAUGAAAGAGGCCACUGGAACAAUAAGGUCGAAUUUGUGCUUUCUGUGGCAGGGGAGAUUAUUGGGUUGGGAAACGUCUGGAGAUUCCCAUAUCUUUGCUACAAGAAUGGAGGAGGUGCUUUCCUCAUCCCCUACGUGGUCUUCUUUAUUUGCUGUGGAAUACCAGUAUUUUUCUUGGAGACAGCCUUGGGACAGUUUACAAGUGAAGGAGGCAUCACAUGCUGGAGGAAAGUUUGCCCUCUCUUUGAAGGCAUUGGCUAUGCUACCCAAGUUAUAGAGGCACACCUAAAUGUAUAUUACAUCAUCAUUUUAGCAUGGGCUAUCUUCUAUUUGUUCAACUGCUUUACUACAGAGCUUCCCUGGGCUUCCUGUGGCCACGAAUGGAAUACAGAAAACUGUGUGGAAUUUCAAAAACUUAACAUGAGCAACUGCAGCCAAGUCUCUUUACAGAAUGCCACUUCUCCAGUGAUGGAAUUCUGGGAACGCAGGGUUCUGGCCAUUUCCGAUGGGAUCGAGCACAUUGGGAACCUGCGCUGGGAGCUCGCCCUGUGCCUCCUGGCUGCCUGGACUAUUUGUUAUUUCUGCAUCUGGAAAGGCACCAAAUCCACUGGAAAGGUUGUGUAUGUGACAGCCACGUUCCCCUACAUCAUGCUGAUGAUCCUCCUGAUCCGGGGCGUGACGUUACCCGGCGCUUCCGAGGGCAUCAAGUUCUACCUUUACCCCGACAUCUCCCGCCUCUCUGACCCACAGGUGUGGGUGGAUGCUGGCACACAGAUCUUCUUCUCCUACGCCAUCUGCCUGGGCUGCCUGACAGCCCUGGGGAGCUACAACAACUACAACAACAACUGCUACAGAGACUGCAUCAUGCUCUGCUGCUUGAACAGUGGCACAAGCUUUGUUGCUGGUUUUGCUAUCUUUUCAGUUCUUGGAUUUAUGGCUUAUGAACAAGGCGUGCCCAUUGCAGAAGUUGCAGAAUCAGGACCAGGACUUGCAUUCAUUGCUUACCCUAAAGCUGUCACCAUGAUGCCUCUGUCUCCUCUGUGGGCAGCUCUGUUCUUCAUGAUGCUCAUCUUCCUGGGCUUGGACAGUCAGUUUGUGUGUGUGGAAAGCAUCGUGACAGCUGUGGUGGACAUGUACCCCAAGGUGUUCCGCAGGGGCUACAGGAGGGAGCUGCUCAUCCUCGGCCUCUCCAUCGUGUCCUAUUUCCUGGGCCUCAUCAUGUUAACUGAGGGUGGGAUGUAUGUCUUUCAGCUCUUUGACUCCUAUGCAGCCAGUGGGAUGUGCCUGCUCUUUGUUGCCAUAUUUGAGUGUGUCUGCAUAGGCUGGGUGUAUGGCAGCAAUCGCUUUUAUGAGAACAUUGAAGACAUGAUUGGGUACAAACCUGUGUCGUUGAUUAAGUGGUGCUGGAUGGUCCUAACUCCAGGUAUUUGUGCAGGCAUCUUCAUCUUUUUCCUGGUGAAAUACAAGCCCCUGAAGUACAACAAUGUGUACAUCUACCCUGACUGGGGCUAUGGCAUCGGGUGGAUGAUGGCACUGUCCUCCAUGGUCUGCAUCCCUCUGUGGAUCUGCAUCAAGCUCUGGAAGACAGAAGGCACCUUCAUGGAGAAAUUCAGGAAGUUGAUUACACCUAGCUCAGACCUGAAAAUGCGGGGCAAGCUCGGAGGAGGAGCCUACAUUGCAGCAAUAAAUGACUGCGAUGCCAAACUGAAAGGAGAUGGCACCAUUUCCACCAUCACAGAAAAGGAGACACAUUUCUGAAAGAACUCUUUUUUGUUGUUUUAUUUUUUUUUUUUGUAUAAAGAAAUAAAUAAAAUCACUUAAUUAUAGAGGCUGGCUUGUUUUGCACAGAAUUUUAUUAACCAGUUAAUUUUAAAGUGAAAAUUGUAUACUUGUUUAAAAAGUGAUUUUUUUAAAUUACUCUAUCCAUAAUGAUUCUGUAAAAGAAAAAGAAAUAGUAUUAUAUGGUCUGUUAGUGAUGACUUCUUGUAAUAUGGUGAUUCCAGUCAAUGUUUUUUUUUUUUUUUUUAGACUUUAGAGGGACCUGUAUAAUGUGCUGUAAAACUUUUCUACUUUGAUUUGUGGCAGGUGUAAUGUUGUAUAGACCUUCUAACCUGUAAGCAUUUCAGACCAUUUCAGCUGUCCAUGUGUGUAUAUAAAGGGGACCAGCCUGUCCUGUGGUUUGCUUGGGAAGAAAUCUCCUUUCAGGGCGAGUUUGGUGACGCCUCAGCUGCUCCCACCUCCUUCCCUUCACCCUCCACUGGCUUCAACAGGGCUGGGAAUGUGGAAUGGGCCCAUCCUGAGCCCCUGUUUUCCUGGAGAUUGGACAGAGGCUGGUUCUGAAGGGCUCUGAAUUUUGCUGCUGUAAGUUCCUGGUCUCGGAGAGGAUGUGCUCCUCAGGAGACCUCCCAGACCUUUCCAUUUCCCUCCCGAAUUUUGGCUGGCACUUCCCACUCCCUGGAGUGACCUGUGUUAGUGUGUGCUCCUCCAACAGGACAGGAAGGUUAUUUCAUAGAGCUGCAGGUGUUCUGAGGGGGAAAGAGCAGGUGUAGGGCUCUGUCUGUCUGUAAAAGUCAUUCCCCUCCAGAGGAGCCCAGGAUCCUGCAAUGCCAACGUGCAGCACAUGGCACAUGGCACAUGGC